AUGAGAUCGUACCCCGGCGGCCAAGUUGUGCGCAUGGGCGUGGCUUUGUUCCGUGGCAGAGCCCAACGCGUCGCCGUAGUGGAGACGGCGUCUGAUCAUAUGUCUGACCGCCACCCACUGCAUACAACGAAAACUGAUCGCUGCCGGGAUUUGAAGAAAAUAGAAGAUUUGCAACGAGAAGUUGAUUUGUUAAAAAAUGCAAGAAUAAAUACUGAUGAUAAAUCUCAUUUUCCAAUGGAUUUAUUAUCACAACUGGUAGCUACACAAAAACUUAUUUCUGAAAAUAUAUGUGUCAGUAAUAUAAAUAGUCAAGUGCAAAGAAUAUCUACUAAUGAUACAGCUAGUGCAAUAUCACAGUACUACGGAAAAAGCACGAAAAUGUUGAAGAUUGGAGAAGUCGAACGCAUUUCAAGUCACGCUCAUUGGUUGGAGUCCCUAACACUGGGAAAACGUAUUCUUCGAAAAGACGAAUUGAUCGUUGAGUACAUAUUUGACAAAGAUACCAUAAUUAAAAAAGCACCUUUCAAAAUGCAGCAGUUGAGCCGUGUCUCUCUCAUAUUAGAAGGAAUCACUGACAAUAUUUGGUCAGUUCCACUUGCAACGUGGUACAGCAGCCAAUGCUGUACACAUGGUACACUUAAGGGAGAAGAAUCCCGUAAAGAGAAAACAAAUUCAUCGUUACACCCAUCAAUAGACAAAAAAGAAGAUCAAUUUUAUUUUAAAUGCAAAUCCAUGGGACAUAUUAGUUAUGAAUGUCAUUCCACUAAUAGCGUUUCUAAGAAGAAAGAUUCAAAUAAAUUCAGUGCUAAUAACAUAAAGUUAACUAAAUCUAAACAUCAGACAGAAAAGAAAAAACAAGACUCAGCAAACAGUAGAAGUAUCAAUUUUAUCGCCACAGAUUUUAUCAAUAUUUCUCAAAUACCAGUAAUCAUUAAUGGAUCAAUCACGAUAGAUGCUUUGCCGGAUAACGGGUCAUGUGUUACUUUAUUAAGAAAAUGUUUUGUACCUAAAGAUGCUGUAAUACACGAAUGGCAAGACGGUCCAUACGCAACACCUGAGGGAGAUUGUACUCCAUCUAGCUGGAUCACAUUGAGGAUACAGGUUGGGAAAAUAGACUACACUAUGCCUAAAGUAGGUUUAUGUGAAUCACUUCCUAUUGCUAUGAUAUUAGGACGCGAUUGGCAAGCUGCUGUACAUGCUACUAUCACUAUAGAACUUAAUGGAGUGAUUUGCAUAAACACUCCAUCUACAUCUCAAGAAUAUGAUAACAAACCUCUCAUUUCAAAAUCACUAACUUUGGUUAAUAGUAAAUCUAAAUCUGAUAUUGUUACUAAUGAUUUUUUGUCAAGUGAAGAAAAACAAGUUAUAGAAAAAAUGUUGCUCGGGUACAAUGAUAUUUUUUCUACUUCAGAAAAUGAAAUUGGCGAAUUUCCAGAUUUUCAUACAGAAAUCAAUUUGACUAAUGAUAAUCCAAUUAAGUGUAAGCCAUAUAAAGCAUCUGAAAUUGACAAGCAGUUUAUGCGCAAACAAGUAGAAAAAUGGAUUAAAAGUGGUGUAUGCAGAAAUUCUACAUCUCCAUAUGGUGCUCCAGCAUUUGUUAUUGAACAGCCACAUCAUGAGUCUACUCCAAUAAGAUUUAUUGUUGAUUAUUCUCGCACAAUAAACCCAUUUACAAUCAAAGACCCAUUUCCGAUAAACAAAAUGGACGAUAUGAUACACAAAAUAGCAGGAAAAAAAUACAAAUCACUUGCCGAUGUUAAACACGCCUUUAACCAUUUCAAGGUGAGAGAAGAAGACAUUUUAAAAACUGCUUCUGUCACGCCCGAACAUCACAUUGAGUUUUGUCGUGUUCUUUUUGCUAAAUACUACGAUGAUCUAGCAACCGCACAUGAUACUUUUGAAGAACAUAUUCAGUUAAUUCAUUCUCUUUUUGAAGCAACACGAAAAUAUAAUCUUAAGUUUACUAGAAAAAAAUGUGAAUUUGCAGUGCCUGAAUUGAAAAUUCUUGGCAGAAUUAUAGAUUCUAGAGGUGAUAGACCUGACCCAAAUCGUACUCAAGCUGUAAGCCGUUACCAAACACUCAAGUUUUUAAAUGAACUUUGCCGUUUUCUCGAAUUUGCAAACACCUUAAGAAGAUACAUCAAAAAUUUUGCACAAAUUGCCAAACCUCUUACGGACAAGUUGAAAACGAAGCACUUCAAAACCGAUCAUAAAAUCAAAAAUACUGUAAUAUCUUUAAAUGAAAAGGAACUUCAAGCUUUCGUUAAACUGAAGACUGCACUGAUAACUGCUCCGAUUUUAGCACAUUUUGAACCUGACGCACCUACAUCAGUUUAA